CUGGGGACAUUGUAAAGUUGCGUCGGUGUCAUUAGACGUUUAAAACCGCCAUCUGCAAUGAUCAAAAACGAAGACACGGAGGAACAUCUUCAGCUGAAUAAUCUACUGUCACGACAGCAGGAUGUUGAAGACGAUGUCGACGUGCAUGUCGAGUCUGACGACGAAAAGACUGAGAGGGGUCAAUGGGGAUCAAAGUUAGAUUACAUACUGUCUAUGGUCGGUUACUGUGUUGGAUUGGGAAACCUGUGGCGAUUUCCGUAUAUUUGCAACAGAAAUGGAGGAGGCGCCUUCUUGAUCCCGUUCCUCUUCUUUCUCUUGGUCUGUGGUCUGCCAUUGUUUUUCCUCGAGGUGACGAUUGCCCAGUUCUCUGGAAAAGGACCGACUCAAGUGUGGGACAUAUGUCCGCUAUUCAGAGGAAUUGGUUUUGGGAUGACAACUGCGUCGUUUUCCUCGCUGAUGUACUACAACAUGAUCGUCGUCUGGUGCAUCUACUACAUUAUUCGCUCGUGCAGCACGCUACUGCCGUGGACGACGUGCAUGAACUGGUGGAACACGCCGCUCUGUAAGGAGGAAACAGCAUGGACGACGACCAACGUCACCAACAUCACCCACGUCCACAGCUACUCUGACCACCUGACUAACGGGACCCAUCCUGCUGCCGGCGUAGAUGCGUGGAAGAAUGACACACUUUCACACACUUCCGUGGAGGAAUUCUGGCAGUAUAACACUCUACGUAUCUCGGGAGGACUAGAGGAGGUGGGUGAUCUACAGUGGCACCUCGUCCUGUGUUUACUGGGUGCCUGGAUUAUCAUCUUCCUGUGCCUGAUACGAGGAAUCAAGUCAGUGGGGAAGGCUGUAUACGUGACGGCCACUCUGCCCUAUCUUCUUCUAUUAAUUCUUCUUAUACGAGGAUUGACGCUUCCAGGCGCGGUAGAUGGGCUGAUAUUUUAUUUAAAACCAGACUUCAGCAAGCUACUAGAAGUUCAGGUGUGGCUUGAAGCUUGUCUCCAAGUGUUCUACUCUCUCGGUCCGUCAUGGGGAAUCCUCAUCUCGUUUUCCAGCUAUAACAAGUUCAACAAUAACUGUUUAAGAGAUUCAAUUUUAGUUGUCUGUAUUAGUGAAGGUACUAGCAUAUUUGCCGGAUUCGUCAUAUUUACAAACCUCGGAGUGAUGGCGAACCGCCAGGGGGUACCGGUGUCGGCGGUAGUCUCAUCCGGUCCUGGAUUGGGAUUUGUCGCCUACCCUCAGGCUCUGUCCGGUCUGCCCAUCCCUCAGCUCUGGUCCUUCAUGUUCUUCGUCAUGCUGCUCACAGUGGGACUCGACUCACAGUUUGCUGGUGUCGAGGUUGUGAUCACUGUAAUCAUGGAUUCUUUUCCGAAACUGCUUAGAUACAGACCUGUUGUCACAGCAACGCUCUGUGCCUUAUGUUUUAUACUGAGUCUCCCGUUCUGCACCAAUGCUGGAGUCUAUAUAUUUCAACUGUGUGACUGGUACGUCGUCGCUCUCGUCCUUAUCAUCAGCAUCAUGGAGUGCAUCAUCGUGGCAUGGAUAUAUGGAUUCCGGCGACUGGACGAGGACCUGGAGCUCAUGAUAGGA